AUGGUGCAGUCCAAACCACAGGUAUUGUUCAUCGGAGAGCUUAACAAGUCUUUGUUGGAAUACCAGCAAUUUUCGUCCAAAUUCGAGUGCAUUGAUUACGUUAUCACCAGUAAGGCUCAGUUGGUCCAAGAUCUCCAAACCAAAUUCAAAAACAUCGAGGCCAUCUAUGGAGCGUGGCUCGGGUUCGUUCCGGUAGGCGGCUUUCGGGACGACAUAAUUGACGCCUGUCCCAGCAGCCUAAAGGUCAUCUCCAUUUGUUCUGUUGGAUAUGACGGCUACGACGGCGAACGUAUGAAGUCCAAAAACAUCGUGUUGACGAACGUCCCAUCGGUUGGGGCAGCCGACCCGGUGGCCGACCUCGUGUUAUACAAUACGUUGACUGGGUUCCGUAAUUUCCACUUGUCCCAACGGGCUUUCUUAGAAUGCCCUCACACGGUCAACGCUCGUGCCGCCCUCCAGUAUGGGUCGUUCGAUGGCGCGGAUGGAGCCGUGCGCUGGGGCGAGCAGUCGCGGUACGCGUAUGGUGAAAGCACCGCCGGUACCGACUGCCACAACCCGCGCGGCCACCACGCGGUCGUGGUAGGGUUUGGCCAGAUCGGCCAGCUUAUUGGCCAGCGGUUAUCUGCCGUGGGAAUGCACAUCCACUACGUCAAGCGGACGAGACUCUCGGCCCAGCAGGAGGCCCUGUUGGGCUAUCCAGCCACCUAUCAUUCCCUGUUGGCCGAUGCCACCAUGGCCGAUUUGGUGGUUAUUGCAGCCCCAGGAACCCCGGAAACCAAACAUAUGGUCAAUGCCGACAUCAUCGAAAAGUUUACAAAGCCCUUCAGGAUUAUCAACGUGGGGAGAGGUACGAUCAUCGACGAACAGGCGCUUGUUAAUGGUUUGGAGCUGGGAAAAGUGUUGUUUGCAGGUUUGGACGUGUAUGAAAACGAACCCCAUGUUCAUCCCAAACUCUUACAUAGACAAGAUGUGCUUCUCACCCCCCACGUUGGAGCUUCUACCAUCGAGAACUUUGAUUUCACAGCGGUUCAGGCCUUGAAAAAUAUUGAAAAUGUCUUGUUGCAAAAUGGGUCUGGUUUAAAUAGAGUUAAUUAG